AUGGGAGAUCGAGAAAGAGAGCGAGACAGUGAACGAGACAGAGACAGACGCCGUGAAAGAGACGACCGUGACCAAGAUCGCUCCCACCGCAGCCCCUCCCAGCAGUGGCUGAAGCGUGUGCUGCGCGAGUCGACGGUGGAAGAUGAGAAGGACCGGCAGAGUGUGGUGUCAAAAUUCGUGGAGGGGAUUGCGAAGGAGCAGCAGAGGCAGAGCAGCGGUGGAGAGGGCGGUGAGGACGAAGAUGAGGUUGAGAUGAUGAAGAAGUCGGGGAUAUAA